AUGACGCUCUACUACAGUCUGGUGUUCACCGUCCUCCUCUUCGAAAUGGCGAUCUUCUGCCUCCUAAUCCUCCCCCUCCCCUUCACCUGGCGCAAAUCCCUCUUCCGCUUCAUCUCCGAAUCCCCUCUCGUCGCAAAACUCCAAUACGGCCUGAAAAUCACCUUCAUCUUCAUCCUCGUCCUCUUUAUCGACUCUGUCAACCGCGUAUUCAAGGUUUCCGAGGAUGCUGCGGCGGCGAGACCUAGCAAUGGGGGUGCGGCGGUGGGUGCGGAGGCGUAUCGGAGUGAUAUGCAGGCGAGAAAGUUUUAUUCGCAGAGGAAUAUGUAUUUGUGUGGGUUUACGCUUUUCUUGUCGCUUAUCUUGAACCGCACCUACGCCCUCAUUACCGACAUCCUCAAAAUGGAAGAAACCCUCGCCCGCCUCCAAAACUCCACCGAACCCACCCUUCCCGCAACCUCCUCCACCGACGACGCCGCCAAAGCCAUCGCGCUCAACAAAGAGCAGGAAGAGCGGAUCAAGGAGCUCGAGGCCAAGGUGGAGAGUAAGGAGAGGGAGUUGGAAGUUGUGAAGAAGCAGGCGAUGCAGAAUUUGGAUAGGUACGAUGAGUUGAGUGAGGAG